UAAAGCGUCUCGGGAUGUUAUAAGUUCACUGAUUGUUGAUUUAAUUUAACCUCCGUGGCUCGUGGAAUCAGUGAGAAUUUUUCUUGACAUAUCUGGUAUGGACAACGCAACUUGUUACACAUAUUUCACUCGAUGAUACUCUUUUCAGAAAAUGAUUCGCAGUACUUCUAUGGUAACAGUACCCUGGGAAUUGUUAGCAAAAGAAUUGGAACAUAUACCUGUGGAAAUAAAACUACAUUUGACGCCCAUAAUAAAUAUGCUACAUACAUCUAAUGAACAAAUAACUUCAGAAGCAUGGAUAAACAACUCGAUAACAAGAGUGGAAGCUUGUUUAGAUCGCACGUGGGAGAUAUUAAAUUCGGGUUAUUGGAAAGAUGUUCCAAUAGGAUAUAGAUAUUGUUAUUCUCUGUGCGUUGCUAUAAAGGCAAUAUUACUAGAACUUCAGUAUGAAAUUAAUGCUGAAAGCUUUAAUGAUAAAGAAGAAAAGAAAAAGACUGUAUUACGGAACAUUAUUAAUCAAAUUGAUAAAGGCAUUCUGCUAGGUGCACCUCUUCCUAGCGUACCAAAUUUAUUGACAACUAUUGCUACAAAACUAAACAGCUAUUGCACUGAAGAUUCUGGCGCUAAGAUAAAUCUAGAAGAAAUUUUAAUCAAUUACAAGGAGGAUAGUGAUUUAAUCUCUAACUAUCCAGAAAGACAUUUUGAAAGACCUUCAAUGCAGACAUUUUACAAUAAAAUUUUUGUGCCCAAACUGCCGGCCAUAUUAACAGAUUGCAUGAGUCACUGGAAAGCACUAACAUUAUGGAAAAACCCUAAUUAUCUGAAUAAGAUUGCAGGGUCUCGGACAGUACCAAUCGAAAUUGGAUCUUCUUAUACUGAGGAGGAUUGGACUCAACAUCUUGUUAAUUUCUCUGAAUUUUUACAAAAGCAUGUUAUCGCAAGUAAUAGCGAAAUCGGUUAUUUAGCUCAGCAUCAAUUGUUUGAACAGAUUCCAGAAUUAAAAGAAGAUUUUGAAGUGCCAGAAUAUUGUUGUUUUUCGGAUAGUGAAGAGAAAGAUGUGGAAUCAUCAGAAGUUGAUGUAAAUGCCUGGUUUGGACCUGCUGGUACAGUGUCUCCUUUGCACUUUGAUCCGAAAAAUAAUCUGCUCUCUCAGAUAUUUGGUUACAAAAGAGUUAUCUUAUAUUCUCCAACCGAGACAGAUAAUCUGUAUCCCUAUGAUACCAAGUUACUUAACAAUACUGCGCAAGUAGAUCCAGUGAGACCAGAUUAUGACAAGUGGCCAAAUUUUCGAAAAGCUGAUAGUAUGACGUUUUAUUUAAAACCUGGAGAAAUGCUAUAUAUUCCACCAAAGUGGUGGCAUCACGUGACCGCUCUUACCUCGAGUUUUUCAAUCAGUUUCUGGUGGAAUUAAUUUUUAAAGAUUCAAAUGAAACUUUUUUAUCAAAAAUUUGUUUUGUAACGUCUUGUAUAAAAAUUAAAAUCUCAGCCAAUCGUAUAAUAAAUCUCUAUUUACAGACAAAA